CAGAAAAUUAUCAGGCGAAAAGCGAAUGUCGACGAAUACGGAUGUUCAUUAAUAACUACUACGCUUCAUUAUGCGAACCGCAAUUUGCUUAUUGGACGUUUAACAGCGGUCGCAUCGUGGUAUCCUGUAUAGCCCUAGAAGAGGAUAUUGAAGAGACGCUCAUGAGGAGGACUUGGAACCUCGCGAGGAUGCGGGACCGGCUCUCGUGGUACAUGGUCUUCUUGAUUCUGCCGACAAUCCUUUUGGCCAGGUCGCUCGAUAAAGAUCGACGCGUGCCCUAUAACAUCCCGUCGGAUUGGAAGGCCCUUUGGUUCAGCAAUCUCGACGAACUGCAGAGAGUGAACGAGGCGAACGACAACAACACCGUUUCUAAUGUCACGGUACAAUUGGGCGGCACUGCCUUUCUACACUGCAAAGUUCGCAAUUUGGCGGAGAGGACCGUUUCCGAUGCCGAGAUAUCGUGGAUCCGGCGACGUGACUUUCACGUUUUAACAAGCUCGAUGUUCACAUACACGAACGACGAGCGAUUUCAAGUACUGCAUCCCGAGGGCUCGGACGAUUGGACCCUUCAAAUAAAAUACGUCCAAGAAAGAGACAAUGGGACGUACGAGUGUCAGGUCUCGAGAAGUGCAGGGAUACUGUCACACUUUGUCAAUCUAAAUAUAGUGAUACCAGAGGCGUUUAUAUUAGGAAGCGACGAGCAUCACGUCGACGUAGGAUCUAUCAUAAAUCUCGUGUGCAUAAUAGAGAAGAGCCCGACGCCGCCGCAAUACGUGUUCUGGUAUCACAAUAACCGGAUGAUAAACUACGACACCACGCGCGGCAGCGUGACCGUACAAACCGAUCCAGGACCAACUCAAAGCCGACUGACGAUUCGCCAGGCAGUGGAGACGGACACGGGCAAUUACACGUGCAGCGCCUCCAACACCAAGCCGGCAUCGAUCUUCGUCUUUGUCACCGAAGGUGACAAGAUGGCAGCGAUACAGCGUCGCAAAACGUCGGCAGCGAAGAGGAAUCUGGCGGGCGUGCUGGUACCAGUGGUACUCGUCGUAGCGGGCGUCGUUUUAGCGCGAUAAGCGUUUUACUUCGAAAAUGUCCAUAACUAUUACGUCAUUACUUCCGUUUGUGAUAGAUAGGAUAUUACCUUUCCCCCUCCUCUUUUCCCCUCCGGGACUUUAUGGUCCGCUCAUCUUCCCUUCCUUCUUUUUCAUCUUUUCCAGCAAUCCCUCAGGCUCAUACCCUCUCCUCAUCCAUUCCUCGCAGGUCUCCUUUCCUCCUCAAACCACGUCCCGUCUUCCAUUCCAUCUUCCAACCUCCCUUCCAUCCUCACUCGUCCCUCUUAUUCUUUAUUUACUUUAGUCGAAGUUGCCGCCGGCUGGACUACUUAGAUAUGCGAGAUUUUCAUGGAAGAUUGCGCGAUUGCCUGCUCCAAGUCAUUACACGCGACGCGCAUGCGACUCGAAUUAUGUAAAUACU